UCUUCGUUCACACUUUGGCUAUAGCUAGUCAGGCUGGUCCUGGCAUACCGGAGACGCGAGCUGCAAAUCCUCUCAGGAGUCUCACAUGCCUGUCACAGCCAUAGACGGGCAGGUCAGUAUCCAAGACCCUCGCAACCCAGUUCUCCAGGAGGUUCUCAACCAUCCCGACUACCGGGUUGUUGCCUCGUUCUUGCUCGGAUGGGUUCUCGUCAGUAGCGCAUACUGCGCUUUCAGCUCAAAGCUCAUUCGCGAACUUGCGUGCCGGGGUGCCCGGUUGUGCAUGGGCAAGAGGGCGAAGAAACCUGUCAAGGAUAUCGAAGCCGCAGGGAGCUCGGAGGAUGAGAAUGAGAAGUGUUCCACGACGCGUGUAGCUACUCAGCAGGAGGCCGACGACAAUGCCUCUUUGUUCAUUCUGAACUUAUGUUUUGCUCUCGCCGCACUAGCCAGCUUCUGCUCGUUGCUGAAUUUAGGAGGUCAAAAGGGGAAUUCCGUAGCCUGCACUGUCGUCGUCGCUUGGAGCAGCAUGGCAUCGCAGUCUGUGCGCAUCGUCGGGCUAUUAAUGCUGACUUGGAGACUGCGACGCUUUGGGAUGAAGCGACUGGAGACAUAUGCGCUCUGGUUCGGUCUGCUCGUUGUACUAGGCCUCGUUUUCGCCUUGAAUGCCACAGGCACCGGUGCUAUAAGCGUCAUUGGGCCAUCUGGUGUCGGGAUAUGCUAUAGGCAAUACUUCUGGCCUGUGGCGCUUUCCUUGUCCGGCGUCGUUAUUUUCCUCGAGGUUUACGUCGCAGUGCGGGUUUUUGUCUUGGGGACCACACACGUCACCACCAGAAAGAGUCUCCUGCGCAGACUCUUCAACAUGGAGGUGGCAAGACCCAUGUCCUUGUUCGCCCUGGAUGUGGCUACAGUCGUUCAGGGUGCAAUGUGGGUUGAUUCGCUCGCUCAAUUCAUUCCUUUCAGCCUAGCAUCUUUGCUUGUUAUCGGUGUAUUCAAUUACACGGGGGCCCGAGAAGGUGUCUCUUUCGACGAGUUCCCUCACCCUCGUAGGAUUAGCUUGGUGACCGAUGAGCAGAGGUUCUCCGCGCAGCGGCCCAACUCCCUCCUGGAGCCAAGUCCGUUCCUCUUGCAGUUCAUGGAGCGACCCAUGUCUCCCGAUUCCAAUGUGAACACUGUUCCCGUGCGGCCAGUGUCCACUCGAGGUCAUAUAGAUGAGCAAGAUGGCGACCUAGUCUUGCACAUUAGUGCUGCUAGCCUGGACGAUCAAGACACGGCGGAUGUUGAACCACCACACAGUGCUCCUGCCAACCUGACUGAAAUGCCCAGUGCACCGUUCUCUGGCUCGCGUCACAUCCUACCCUUCCAAGUACAGUAUGUCGAACGACUCGAACGCGAAGCUGCCGCCAUUCCCACUGGACCUUUACCACCGCGGCGUGACCGCCCGAAGGUCUUCGUCGUCAUCGACGAGGACGACCAGGGGCUAUCCCCAGGGGCCCGUCGUUCUCGUGCCAGUAUCAUAGGUUCAGACAUCAUACGCACGACGCCAACCACUCCUCAUAAUAAACGCAAAUUGUCCUUCCUGUGGUCACCAGAAUCGUCGGUCCCUUCGGGUUAUCCCUACGCUUCACCACGCAACUCCCAUUCGACUGCUCGCACCCAGAUGACAGCGUUUUCGGCGUACCCGCACGUUGAGCGUUCACCCACAGUCCACUCGGAGCACACGGACCAGCAUCUCGGUCGCCAGGACAGUUACCUCUCUCCCGAGGAGCCCUCUCGACGGUUUUCUUGGCGAACUGCAUCCCGUCAUCAGUCAGUGAUGUCGUCGCGCACGUCGCCGCGGGACGAGUUACCCACAGUCAUGGAGGGUUCUUCAACGUUCCGCACCUCAUCUGUCCCUUCACGCCCCGCCAGCCGUGUGCAGAGUAGGAGGCUCACCUUCGGCCAACCAAUCAAGCCUCCAUCGCGCAGAUCAACGAGUAUUACCGCUCGAAACCCUGUCUCACCCCAAGCGUUACCCCGCCUGUCAUCUUAUCCGUCGUUGCGAGAGGCCAUAUCGUCACUUUUGUCGCCGGAGAUCCCUCCUGUGCCUCCUAUGCCCAGCCCCUUAACGAGCCCAAGUACCGGACUAGGACUCCCGGAGGUCGCGAAUCUCAGUGGAAUGAGUAAUGUCAGAGGGCCUCUGCUACCCCCGCUUGCUAUAACCUCUCCAUCUACAAGUCCGCAUGCUGCGCAAGCGGAGGAGAAUACGAGCGCAUCGCAGGAAACGAGCAAUGUUGCCUGGUGCGAUGUAAUACUGUAUACUGUAACCGAUUCGACACCCAGCGCAUUGCGCAAGGCUUGCAGCCGCUAUGGAUGUGAGUGGUGAGCCUGACACGAUGUUCAGCCCGCAGCGAGGGCAGGGUGUGCGCCGGUCCACGCCGCAGCUGAAGCGAUGACGCUUGUAUUUGAGCGGCAGCCGCGUCCAUUGUCUCGCACACUCAUCUCCGGACUCGCCUUCCGCCACGCUCACGCCCACCAUGGCGUCCGCUGAGCUGCUAGCCCAGAUCCAGUCCGGUAAGAGACUUAAGAAAGCCGUCACGAAUGACCG